GAAGACGAUUAUAUCGUAGUGUUUGUGCCUUAACAAGUUUGCAGGCUGGGUAAGAUUUUGACAAUGCUGAGUGUGGCAAUCUACAGCUCUACGAAGUCGAAGCAUUAAGGCAAAGCCGCCACUCACCACGAUGCAGAAAUUAAGCGAACAACUCCCAACCACUGAAUCCCGUCAACUUCAACCAAAAAUUGAGAUGGACGGAACAGAUAACUUAUUGAACGGUGGGUUCUUCCGCAAUUAAAGGGUAGAAGAGGUGGCGACUGCUUACCAACAUUAGGCGUGCAUGAACCGAUAAUUAUCGUCAUCGGGAGCGUUGUUGGGUCGUAUCCCAUUUAUUGACUUAUGGAUAAUUGGAGCUUUCUAAGAUUGGUACCACAACAAUGGACUGAUAUGAUGGUGGCCCAGCGCUCCAGCUCGUGGAUGAUAUGUUGACACGUAUACGAUCUGGAGAAUACAUAAAGGCAUUUCAUUUAAAGGAUCCAGGUGCUGAGAACGUUAGAUACGAAGAGGAAUUCAUAAAGAAUCCUCGUGGGCAGAGGAUUUUUACGUGCAAAUGGCUGCCGCAGAACGAAGAACCCAAAGCCUUGAUCUUCUUGUGCCAUGGCUAUGCCAUGGAGUGCAGCAUAUCCAUGAAAGACACUGGGACUCGGUUAGCGAAGGCGGGUUACGCAGUUCAUGGAAUGGAUUACGAGGGCCAUGGGAAAUCUUCUGGGCUGCAAGGAUACAUUCCCAGGUUUAAGAAUCUGAUCGACGACUGCUUUGAACAUUUUGUCGCCAUUUGUGAGAGGCAUGAGAACAAGAAGAAGGCGAGAUUCCUGCUGGGGGAAUCCAUGGGAGGAGCCGUGGCCAUCCUCCUACACAGGAGGAACCCUUACUAUUGGAAUGGUGCUGUUCUGGUGGCCCCCAUGUGCAAGAUUGCUGAUGACAUGAAGCCUCAUCCUGCGAUGAACAUCAUCUUGAGGAAGUUGAGCAACAUCAUACCGACAUGGAGAAUAGUUCCUACCAAAGACAUCAUCGACAUUGCCUUCAAGUGCCCUGAAAAGAGGCAGGAGAUUCGGUCUAACCAGUACUGCUACAAUGGAAAACCUCGCUUGAAGACUGGUGUUGAGCUUCUCAUGGUCAGUCUGGACAUCGAGCAAAAGCUGCAUCAGGUUUCACUACCUUUUCUGAUCGUGCAUGGCGGCGAAGAUAUAGUGAUCGAUCCCUCGGUCAGCAAGCUGCUCUACGAAACUGCAUCAUCCGAGGACAAGACGUUCAAGCUCUACCCGGGCAUGUGGCAUGCGCUCACGUCCGGCGAGCCCCCGGAGAACAUCGACCUCGUCUUCUCAGACAUCGUCGCUUGGCUCGACCGGAGGAGGGCGGCCGGCGAAGGUUCUUUGAGAUCGGAGAUGGAGCAUAAGUCGAGGCACGACAAGCAGCACCAGUAGCAGUUGUUGGACGCACAAGGCAAGAAGCGGUUUGAUUGCAAUCCGAUCCAUAUAUGUGAUGCAGUUGAAAACCAU